GCUGGUACUGUAAACAUACGGACGCACUGCUUGGACUACAGCUUCCAUUCCAGAACACCGCUCCUACAGAACGUUUGUCUGUAGUAAAUACAGAACGAGCAGAACGUGCUUUGCGCUGUUCUAGAACGGUGUUUUUUGUACCAUUGUUUCUUGGGGUAGCGACGGAAAGCUCAGUGGCCUUGGUGGGAGCGAACGCAACAACAUGCCGCUCCCAAAGGUUUACGUGGAUUACCUAAAAGAGCCAGAGAAGACCAAACGGCCACAGAAGGAAGGAAGUACGCACCUGCCGAAGAUCCCAGUCGUCAAACUGCGGAAGCCUCCUAUCAGCACCAAGAAGGGCAUCAUCGACUGGUCUGAUGUCGCCAUUCUCAGAAAAGAGCUGAAAGACAAGGUGUACCAUGACGACCAAAAGAAGCGCUACCGCAGCGACUAUAUCCGAACGUCCCAGGAUUUCUACCGAAUGGAAAUGGACAAGCUUCGGUCGGGCAACCCAAAGACUCUUGACAACAUGAAGGUGUGUUGCAAGGUCUACCUUGGUACGAGCCUGGGGUCCAGCAAGGCCAUCAGAGACCUGGCCAAGGUGCUCCGGGCAGAACGUCAGAGACCGGUCACACAACAACCCCUAUCACAGCCUCCUCCUGAGAAAGAACGGAAAAUCAAGCACGAGGAAGAAACAGAAGAUGAAGAACCAUCUGACGAGGAAAAACAACCUGACCCGGAACCGGAAAGGACGACUGAUGACACGAAAGAAGAAGAAGAAGAAUGAUGGGAAUCUAGAACUCAAAUUUUGUAUAUGAGUUUUGUGAUUUUUGUAAGCAAGAGGUUCACUGAGUUGUAGAAAAUGGCUCUCUAAUGCCAUCAAAUGAGACUUUGAAAUGGAACAACAUGUAUAUAUGCUGCCGAAGAAAAACUAAUCCACAAUAUCAAUAACUAUAGUCAGCUGCAGAUAUCCUUGAUUCAUCUAACAGUAAGAAGUAAUAUACAUCGCUGUCUUGCCGUGAAGCUGUAGAUAGCUACAAAACCGCUAGGCGUCAUUGCUAAGUUGUCGUUGCUGUGCCAUUCAAAUCGUUUAAAUUUAUAUUUUGUAUUCCAUAAGCCACGUUUAAGCAAUACUAAUAGCUUCAAAUCUUCAAAACACUGGCUUUGUGAAGGCUGUAAAUAAAGCUGUGUGAAAAUCUUUGCCACCUGGCGGAAAGACUGCAAUCUGCAGCCGAAGACAUGUAUUUGGCAUAUACCGGUAAACUUACAAGGGUUACAAAUAAAGAUUAUUUCCAUCCGCGGGCUUUA